CGGCCUUCCCGGGCCUGGCGGAGGCGGUGCUCAGCCCGGAAGUACUGGGGAAAGCUGCGCAGGCGGCGGCGGGGCCUGGAUAAACAACAACGGUGGGGGAGCUGUGUCGUAGAGAAAAUAAUGGAAGGAAGAACCUCAUCUUCAAGUCGUGUCAGUUUUCGUAUACCAAAGAAGAAAACAAACACCAAAUCAGAGGAUGUUCAAGUUCAGUCCCCUUUGUCAAGGCUCCCAGGCUCCCACCAUUGGGACUACCCUUUAAAAGAGUGGAACUUAAGUGCCAACAACAGAAAGUCUUCCACAAAAAGAAAAAGGCAAAAGGACUGUGACAGACACAGCUCUAAUGAUGAAGAAUCAAUUGGGCAACCCAAAGUUAUCUUGACGAAUGUCCUGAGGACGAAAAUAGGAAGAAAAUACACACAGGCGCAACUUAAAACUGGUGCUAAUUUUUCUGAUGCUGGCAAGCUGCAGUCAGAUCAACCACCCUCAUCAUCUGCUGCCAGUCUAAUGAUAUGGCAAAUUUUAAACCCUACUCUCCAAAGCCUUUUUGUGUCUAAAAGGCAACCCAAAGUUAUCUUGACGAAUGUCCUGAGGACGAAAAUUGGAAGAAAAUACAUAGACAGCCACGUAAUAAUUGAUGCAGAUUUAUCUGAUGCUGACAGAUUACAAUCAGGUCAACUACCCUCAUCAUCUGUUGCCAGCCUACAGACAUGUCAAAUAUUAAGUUCUCCUCAUGAAAGUUCUUUUCUGUCUGAAAGGUCUGAGCAUUGCCUGAGAAAGACAGAUGAUGAUCUGUGUAAAUUGACCAAGGCUUCUAAGGAACCAGAAAAAAAUGUUUUCACUUCUAGAAGACAGAGGCUGCAGAAGAAAGAAAACCAGAACUAUGAUGAACUGGAAAAGAGGAGCAGAAACAUGAACAGCACCACUUUUAGUCAGAAGGAAACGGGCUCUUUUGAUUCUGAGAAAAGGAAAAGAAGAUCUAGUGGCCAUAUUUCUGAUGAUUGUAAUGCACAUAUUCCAGAAAAAUCACUUCUGCUGUCUAAAGAGCAAAGAUUGAGUUCAACUGAGUCUCCUGGCCGCAGAACACCCUGUGAGGAUGGACAAAGUCACAGAUCUAAUACAAUUCUGUUGCCGGACUGUAUUCUGCAGCCAUUGGAGAGAGAAUAUAAAGACGCUUCCAACCACAACCGCUUGAGGCCUGCUCACAGCUGCACAGAGGAACCUGGGUCAGAGUCUCCUUCCAGAAAUUUGUCAGAGAAACAGCUUUCUGUCACCAGUGAGGACAUGAUUUCACCAGGGGUUAGCGCCCUCAGGAAAUUAAAGAUGGACGCAUCACAGUAUCUGAGCAAGCUGCGGAACAGAAUCUGCAGGGGUAAUCGGCAACUUGUUUCAGUUGACCCAAUUGUCCUUUCCAGUGAUGAUGAAGAUGUGUCUUCUGAGCCAAAAUGCACAGAGCUGCUGCAGGAUAAGAUCACUGACAAUAAAGAAACAGACGAACAGUCUGACUUCUGUUUCUCAGCAAAGCAAUUAGAAAACAAGAUGGAAAGUCCCACAGAGCAGUUUUUAACAGAACCAAUUGAUGAUAUGUGUCCUGUCAGCUUACCUUCUGGAAGCCCACCUAGAAAACAGAUGAACCCAGCAUUGGAUGUUGAAUUUGAUAGUCUAUACAUUGGGAAAUUUAAAUGGUUAUCAACAGGUCCUGCUAGGUUUACAACCAAGUAUAUUAUGAUCCCAUUUCAAGUGGCUCUUAAUAAGAAUAUUGAGCUGACAGUGGAUACUCUGGAUUUGAGAAGGUUUGGCUUGUGGAGAAGUGAUGGUGACUGUUCUUCGAAAGCAAUCAUUUUCCUUUGGUUGUCUGUGGAUUACCUAGAAAAGAUUGAAGCCCAAUUAGGAAAGUUAGUUAUCAGCAAGCCAUCCAAAUCCAGUGAAUUUGUAUUUCUUGAGCUGUCCCAACCGCUCACAGAAUGGGAAGAAGACAGGCUGACUGAAUUGAUGACAGAUGUGAGCAAGAAGAACAGAGCACCAGAUCUCCCUGAGUUUUUGUCUUUGAAGCAAGCAUUACCCUUGUUUAAGGACCUUUCUCCUGAAGAGAGCUCUUUUCUGAGUUCCAGUAAAGAUCUACUAAAGCAACGUAUGCCAAAAGAGAAUACCUCAGAUGCUCGUGAGCCUGCAGUUCAGGAAUCAAAACCAAAAGUGGUCAGGCCCAGUUAUGCCCUUGCAAACAAGCAGAAUAGUGGUUGCUAUGCUAUCUCUCUGUCCUCGGCACUGAAUGAAGAAUGGAAAGAAGUAAGAGAAACCGGAGCAGUUAAGAAUUUAAUUGUUUAUCCACCCCCACCUGCAAAAGGAGGACUGGGAGUCACAAGAGAAGACCUGGCGUGCUUAGAAUAUGGAGAGUUUCUCAAUGAUGUCAUCAUUGAUUUCUAUCUUAAAUACCUGUUGUUGGAGAAGGCGCCAAAACAUCUUGCUGACCGUGUACACAUUUUUAGCAGUUUCUUCUAUAAGUGCCUGACCAGGACAGAAAAAAAUUCUGAGGGGGAUCUCAAAGUUUCAGCAGCACAGAGAAGACACAGAAGAGUAAGAACAUGGACUCGUCAUAUAAACAUCUUCAGUAAAGAUUAUAUCUUUGUGCCUGUGAAUGAGGAGUCCCAUUGGUACAUGGCAGUUAUCUGUUUUCCAUGGUUAGAAGAACCUGUGUAUGAGGAGUGUCCCCCUCAGGAUUCAUUACAUCACCAGCCUCAUCUGUCUCCACUUUGGUCAGAGAGUGAGAACACUAGAACUCGUUCAGUGUUGGCCUUUCCUGGUAACUGCAAGGAUGAAGAAGAAAUGGAUGCUAACAGAAGUUUAUUCUCAAAAGGUGGCAAUGAAAUUGCUGAUUCUGCUUCAGUCCUGGAUUCAGGUAUUUCUAAAAUCUCCUUAAGUAAUUCCGAAAGGCAGAUUUGUAAAAGGCCUUGUAUACUCAUCUUAGAUUCUUUGAAAGCUGGUUCUGUGCAGAAAACAGUUCAGGUUUUGAGAGAGUACCUUGAAGCAGAAUGGGAAGCUAAACGAAAAACUUAUCGAGAAUUUAAUAAAUCAACAAUGAUUGACCUGUGUCCCAGAGUGCCUAAACAAGAUAACAGCAGUGAUUGUGGGGUCUAUUUGCUGCAAUACGUGGAAAGCUUCUUCCAGAAUCCCAUUGUUAACUUUGAACAGCCACUGCACCUGGACAAGUGGUUCCCUCGUCAGCUGAUCAGAAGCAAAAGAGAAGAAAUUCGAGACCUGAUCUUGCAACUGCACUUUCAACAGCAUAGUGGCAGCAGCAGCUAAUGAAUCUAAUAAGCCUGGCAAAGAACAUUGCUGUAUAAAGUAACUGGAACUCUGCUUAGCAGGAUUUGAGCUCUUUCUGCCUUGCAAGGAAGACCAAAAAAAAAAAAAAGAAAACCAAACAAACAAAAACAAAAAAAACCCAGAAGAAGUAUUUUGUUUGUUCAGUCUUUAUUUAUUUGAAGAUUUUUUGUUUCAUUUGGGUUGUGUGGUCAUAGAAUGCAGUUGUGAGGGGAAAGGAGAAGGUUGUAGAUAAAAGUGUAAAUAUAUAAGUUAAGGCUAAUACAGAUGGCUUGCUAAUUGAUUCUUUACUUGGAAUAUGGAAGCUGCACCCCUGUGUGCUGCAAGGGUGCAAAAAUAUUUUAAUCUUCUGGAGCCUGUUCUUUACAAAUCAAUGUAAACAUGGAUGAUUAUGUAGGGGUCAGGCCCGAAGACAGGAUUUUGACCCUAUGCUGUGUCUCUUUCAAUUUUGCAGCUCAUACAGAUAGAAUAAAUACUAUGUAUUGUUUUAAUUUAAGGAUCUAAUAUUGACUCUCUUUAGAGAUGUAUUUUUUGUUUUGUUUCUGAUUAUAUACAGAAGAGGUCUGCAUGUGUCAGAAAAUUCUGCCAAGAUUUGUGGCUGCUGAGUUUUGAUAAUUUUUUUCAAUUUUUUUCACUCCCUAGCAUUUUCAUCAUAAAAAUUUAUUUCCAUGAGUGGAACGACAUUUGCUUUAGAGUGACCAUUGAAAUCUUUUAAAGUCAACACUGGAUUUUUUUUUUUCAAGUAUUUUUUAUUAUUUUUUUUCUUAUCAGAUUUAAGAAGAAAUCUUGCUCUCAAAGUGCAUGGCAAUGCAAUACAUGUAGGCAAUAGAUUUUUAAUCCUGUUUGCCUUAUUUUUGGGAGUUAUACCUGUGAAUCUAAUGGGAUCACUUGCAUUAGAAAGGCAAGCAGGUUGUGGCUCAACAGCUUCUGAAGUUUGAGGUGUUUUGCUAAAAUAAUACCAUUUUCAUUCAAAAAGGUCAUUAUGUUAUAUAAAAUCACAGAAUCACAGGAUCUUAGUGGUUGGAAGGGACCUCUGAGAUCAUCGAGUCCAACUACAUAAAAAAAAAAAACCACAAAAAAAAAAGCACCCACCUACUAAACUCCACACCCACAACCCCACAGGCAACACCCCACCACAAACCAAUAAUCUUGGGCACUAGAGCAUGCCCUGAAGAGCCAUGUCUACACGUUUCUUAAAUACCUCCAGGGAAAUAUAUCUCUAAGAUAUGUAAUUUGGAUAUAAAACAAACAAGACUUAUACUUUGCUCAGGAGAAUUGAGUAAAGAUGCACGAAUAGUUGAGUGUUUGAACUCGGACUUGAUUUGAUAAACUAGCACAAGUUUAUUGUUGUUUUAAUACAUAUUUAUGUAGGUUUUUUUAAACAGUGAUUACAUAAAACUUCAAUAACACUUUGACAUGUGCACACUUUCUUAUGUAGUUACCGCAUGAUAGAAGGUGAUUGUUUUAAGAGGAUGCUUUCUCCUGUUCUUCACUGUAAGUAGACUUAAGCGUGAUCACACCCUUGAGAAGGACCAUCUGUCAGAUAACCACCAAAACCACCUGUGUCAUAAACCUAUCUACAGACCCAGAGCUCAAAGCUGGAAGUAGGCUAGAGAGUUAAAAUAAAAAUUGAGGGCAACCCAAAGAUGUGAACAUUUUUAUGGCAUUGGAGGAUUCUCAGGGCCCCUUCCCUCAAGACAACUCUGAAACCUGGCAUUUGGAAAAUCCAGUUACUACUUCAGGUUCUGUACAGUCAUCCAAAAAAAUCCCCCACGAUUGUUUCUCAAACCAGGAAGCAUUCUUUCUGGAGAAGAGAGGCAAUUUUAAAACAAAAUUAUUUGGUGAGUGCAAUUACCUUCUGUAUAGCUGUGAGCGGCCUAGUGCAAUUACUGUGUGUUUUUUGUCUUUGUUUCUACUUUAAUUCUGUAGUUUGUCACUAACCCCCCGCCAACAUUUGCACCCCUCAUCCCAGAGGUUUUGUGGCUUUCAUCACCUAAGUCACAUCAUCAGCAUUACUUACAGCGAUAAUCUGUGUAUUUAUUGUAAGGCAGACGAAAGAUGAAACGCAGAAACACGUGCCCUUUCUCUGCACCUUUUUCAUUGAUGCACAUUUUCAAUGUUCCCUUAUGACAAAUAGUUUGGGCUUUUUCUUAUGGUAAAGUUAGUUUUUAUCUUAAAGUAAUUUUUCUUUUUUAAAUUGACUGGUUUAUAGAUACUUAAAAGCAGAAGUCAUGUAUAGAAUUUUCUAAAUCGGUUUUAUAACAUUAAAGGAUUGCCUUUGUAGAUUUGUUAGAUAUGUGCUAUGAGAAUGCCAAUACUUUUGAUAUUAAACUUAUCUCCAGAA